AUGGGCGGGACUCCUGUCCAACAGGGCAUCGGAGGAGGAGGUGUUCCUGGUAGCCAUCUUGGAUGUGCAGAGUGAUUGUUUAGCGAGAGGAAUUGGCAAAGUCUUUACGAAAUAACCCUUUAUACCGAAUCUCUGAAGCUUUACCGGAGUGCGGAGACUACAGAAAGAAAUCGUAACUCGGAAAAAUCGAGUGAAAGACGGCAUGAAGACAUCAUCCUAGUCAUCAGUCAUGGCCGAUAAAAGGAAACUUCAAGGUGAAAUAGAUCGAUGUCUGAAAAAAGUAGCGGAGGGAGUUGAGCAGUUCGAAGACAUUUGGCAAAAGCUUCACAAUGCAGCCAAUGCAAACCAGAAGGAGAAAUAUGAAGCCGACCUCAAGAAAGAGAUUAAAAAACUACAGCGUCUUCGAGACCAGAUCAAGACCUGGGUGGCAUCCAACGAGAUCAAAGACAAAAGGCAGCUAGUAGAGAACCGCAAGCUCAUAGAGACGGUGAGUAUAUGGGAAAGAGAAACCAAGACGAAAGCGUACUCUAAAGAGGGGCUCGGCCUGGCCCAGAAGGUGGACCCUGCUCAGAGGGAGAAGGAGGAGGUCGGGACGUGGCUAACGAAUACGAUAGACACUUUGAACAUGCAGGUGGACCAGUUUGAAAGUGAAGUGGAGAUGCUGUCAGUGCAGACAAGAAAAAAGAAAGGAGACAAGGAGAAGCAGGACCGGAUUGAGGAGCUGAAGAAGUUCAUCGAGAAGCAUCGGUACCACAUCCGCAUGCUGGAGACAAUACUGCGGAUGCUGGACAAUGACUCAAUUCAGGUGGAAGCCAUCAGGAAGAUCAAGGACGAUGUGGAGUACUACCUAGACUCGUCGCAGGAUCCAGACUUUGAGGAGAAUGAGUUUCUAUACGACGACCUGGAUCUGGAGGAUAUUCCUCAGUCUCUGGUUGCCACCUCGCCACCGGGACACUCGCACUUAGAGGACGAGAUCUUCCAGCACUCGAGCAGCACACCGACCUCCACCACCUCAUCGUCACCCAUCCCCCCUUCACCUGCCACUUGCACUACGGAAAACUCAGAGGACGACAAGAAGAGAGGACGUUCGACAGACAGUGAAGUUAGUCAGUCACCUGUGAAGAACGGAAACCCCUCUUCCUUGUUGUCCUCUUCCUCCUCCUCUUCCUCCUCCUCCUCUGUCUCGGGACUGACCUCAUCCUCACUGGUCUCUAUGGCAACCAUUGCUGGGGGAGGAAGCAGUGGCUCUGGAGGCAACAGUCAUCACGGAAGCUUGGGGGGUCUCCUCAUCAACACAUCCGUUGGCAGCUACAGCAAUGCCACCCAGCAGCAGCUGCACCCGUCAGCACAGCAGCAACAGGCCAAAAACUCAGUGAGCUCCUCUUCCUCCACCACCAACCCCAUCACCUCCACCAACAACCACACCACCUCCUCAGCCUCCUCUCCCCCCAACGCCAGCACACAGGGACUGCUCUGUUCAAACUCCCAGCCCCAGGCUCCAUUGGGCCUCACAUCAGCCUCAAACAGCCUGGGCCUCAGCCUGGGCCUCUCUCUGGGGAAAGUUAUGCCGGGCUCCAUCACCACCAGCCCAAUAUCUGGGGGCCUCAGCUUGCCAGGGAUGCCGGCAUCCCUGAGCACCAUGACAAGCCUCCUGUCCAGCUCUACUCCAGCACUCUACGCUCAGGCAGCUGCCUCAGGUAAGGUGGGCUCUGGCCUGCCAGGCUCUCUGGGUGGUGUCAGCACCACAGCAACCAACAGCACAGUGGGAUCCAUCAGCAGUGAAAGUAUUGCAGUCGGCGGGCCGACAUCCUCAACAGGAGGUCUGCUGGGUGCAGCGCCGGGGGUCGGCAGCAUCACCUCUGGGGUUCUAGGUUUGGGCUCCACUCAGUCAGGGAUGCAGGGGUCCUCUCUGCUGUCACCGAGCCCAGUAGGAGGUUUAGCUGGAGGUAGCGGAGUAGGAGUUAUUGGGAGCAACGGAAGCAGCUCGGGAUCAGCAGGGAGCAGUGUGGUGGGAGGAAACUUGUCGCUGUCUGUCAGACCACCGAGCCGACAGAAGCAGAAUGGUAGCACUAGUUGCAGUGCUGUGGUAGCAGACAGCACAACGGACCCCGCCCUCAACAGUGGCAGCCAAUCACAAAGUAGCCAACCUUCAUCUUUGAUCUCUACUGCCAAUCAGCUUAAGGACACCAGUUCCAGUUUACUGAGCUCUAUGAGUUUGUCAUCCAGUUCCCCGUCACCGGCCUCCUACAGCGAGCCCAAACCGGUGAGCGGCGGUAGCCUGCUGAAUGGGCAAAUGUCCUACUCCGACAGCAUCAAGCCCCAGGAGUCUCUGAGCAGCCCAAAGUCCAUGGCCGAGCGAGCAGCACUCAGCUCAGGGAUGGAGGGAGAUGUGCCCUCCCUGCACCUCACCCCAGACAUCUUCCCCAGCAGCACUACAGCCCCCUCAGGCCCCCCAUCAGCACCUCAGCCCUCCCUGUCAGAGGUCAGCAUCCCUCCGUCAUUGGGGGUCUGCCCGCUGGGGCCGGUUCCCCUGUCCAAAGACCAGCUCUACCAACAGGCCAUGGAGGAGGCAGCAUGGAUGCACAUGCCCCACCCCUCCGACUCCGAGAGGAUCAGGCAGUACCUGAUGAGGAACCCGUGCCCCACACUGCCUUUCCACCACCAGGUGCCACCGCCCCACUCUGACACUGUGGAGUUUUACCAGAGGCUUUCGACAGAAACCCUCUUCUUCAUCUUUUACUACCUGGAGGGCACGAAGGCCCAGUAUCUGGCAGCCAAAGCCUUGAAGAAGCAGUCGUGGAGGUUCCACACAAAGUACAUGAUGUGGUUUCAGAGGCACGAAGAACCCAAGACCAUCACUGAUGAGUUUGAGCAGGGAACAUACAUUUACUUUGACUAUGAGAAAUGGGGCCAGAGGAAGAAGGAAGGCUUCACAUUUGAGUACCGGUACCUAGAAGACCGAGACCUCCAGUGAUGUGCAGAGAGGAACACAGGCAGGCGGACGGACUGACGGCUGAGAUAGAAAGUGAGAGACAAAUGGAUGGAUGGACAGACAAACAAAUGAAGAAGGGUGGUCCACCUGCUGACAUUCCUGGAUCUGACUUCAGCUUCUGGGGAAAGGAGACGUUUGGGCCGGAGGGGGCGAGAGGGUUUGCAGAGACACAUUUGAAACCCCUCCGUCCUCUGACCCCGCCUCAACAUCUUCACCCCAGCAGUGAUCCUCUCUCCUCCUCUGCACCACCACCUCCGUCACCAGCCCUCUUAUCUCCAUCUCUUCCAGAAGUGGAACAUCUUCAAACAUCAAGACGACUUUGGUUUGUUUCAGCAGACGAAACACAGACAUCACGCCUGGUGUCCAGACUAUCAUGUGCUCUUCCCCUUUGUUUUUAAUCCUCCUGGCUUUAACCUUUCCUUAUAUUAGCCUCCUAAGAACCAAAGAUUGCUGGUUAAGCAUACAGUCCAGGCUCUGUCCGUGUUCUGACCAGACCGAUGAAAACCUCAGCAGGCAGCAAGUGUAGAAGCUCAGAAACACAACCGUGAAUCUGUGCAGCAACGUUGCUUAGGAUUUUGGCAUGUAGUGUCGCAGCAGCAAGGCAGGAGUCAGUUGUAAUAAUGUGACCUCGGUUCUGUAAAUCACAUGACAAUGAAAGAGGAGGUGGUCAGAGGGCAGCAGUGUGCUCUUUUCCACCACAGGAACUUAACAAGCCAUAACCUGAUCCUGAAGGUGUCGGGUCUGCCUUUGACAAACCGGUGCAGUUUGUACACUCAGUUGCCAUUUAUUAGAUACGACUAGUUACAGUUAUCCCAGUCUCAUACAACAGUCCUGCAACAAAUUCUCCUUCAUGAAAGUGAUAAUGUCCAGUUUUUGUUUUAGCGUAAAUUCAGCUGUAUGAACAUGUUGGAGGCUGAACUGUGCUGCGAUACACAGAUAUAGAUGAAGUAUAAAUCAAACGAUAGGAGCACAUGUCAGUGUAACGUAAGACAUUUAAACUUAGCUGAAACUAUUAGUUGAUCAACAGAAAAAUAUGCUUUGGCUUCAUAAUCAAUUCAACUUUUUUUUUAAACAAAACCUGUGAAUCUGUGUCAGAUUCCGGUUUCUCAAAUGAGAGGAUUUCUGGAGUUUUUGGACUUUGGUUGAACAAAACAAGGAACAUCUGAAGACACCAGGAGCCUUUUUUAUUUUUUUUCCUAAACAAUACUUUUAUUAAAAGUUUUUAAAAAGUGUAACAAGGUUGUCAAGGUUCAUGGGGUGACUAGAACAGAUGGUCAUACAGGCCCGGGUGACUGUGGUUCUUGUAGAGGUUGCACAUCCUCAGAUCGACACCCAGGACUCUCCGCCCACAGCCUGCCUCUAUUUUAAUUGUCUCGCUCUUUCAUUUUUGACGUUUCACUGACAGAACGAUCUGUAGAUUAAUUGAUAAGGAAAUUAAUCAUUAGUUGCAGCCAUACAGUUCAACAGCAGCACAAACUUAGAACUUGAUCAUAGAGUUGAAUCAACACCUCUGUGAAAGUCUUAACACAAAGUGAGCGUUAUCACCUUCAUGAAGAAGGGUUUACAGCAGGACUGUUGGAUCAGGCUGAGUGGGUUUACAUCAGUGAAACACUGAAGGCACUGGACAAAUGCCACUUUGCUCCUUGGUGCUACACACAGUGGAAAUUGUGUUUGUUUAUUUAUAUGCAGCUUCUGUAAAGCAUCAGUGUUAUUGAGCUAAUAGGAGACAGAAACCCCACCUGCAGCCAGAGGAGAGACCAGCUCCAGACCAGCGCUCCAGAGCCAGGUGCACCAGUAAAAUCUAGUGGAAUCCAAUACGACUGUUCUGCAUUGAUGAUGCAAACAGUGCUCAGCUUGUUUUUUCUAUGAUACGUUUUAGCACUGAGGGCUUAGUCAGUGGUGGUGUUUGGAGGUGAUGCUAAUGUUGUGUAAGUAAGUAGGCAGGACAGAAAAAUCAGAAACACCUCUCAGUUUAAUGUGAUCCAACGCAACACCACCUUUAACAAAAUAAAAAACAUGAGUUUUAUAAAAAUGAUUUUAUGGCAGCAAAACACAUUGGAUACUUUGUGUAAAUCAGAGCAUUUUGAAGCUACCUUGCAGUGCUUCGUUAAACCCCUUUCCUGCGUUGUUAAGUGCCAUGUUGGGAAACUGCUGUUGCAUUUCUCCUCCCCCACAGUGCCUGCACUUGGAUCCAUUGCUGAGAUUUAUGCAGUUUGAGCAGAAUGGGAACAGAUGCACAGCCUGUAGGGUUUGGGUUGCCAAGUUCCUGUAGUGGAAAAGGCACAAGAGUUUCAUCUAUAAUCACCCAAAAACAGAAUGUAGUUUGGUAUGAGAUGGCAUUAUAGACCUCCAGUCUGAUGUCCCUGUCGGCUGAGUCGUGUUUUGGUAGGAAACAGGAGCCAGAUAAACAACCUGUCCUGCCCAGCUGCUGCUGCAUAAAAGGCUGGUUGAGCUUGUUUGUCUCUACUCUGCUGAGCCUUAAAAGAAAAUCCUUCGACCUAUAAACCUGCCCCUGAGGUGCAGUGGACUAGCCUGAUUGCCACAGACCGAACACCAGCCCGGCCAUAUGUGGAAAAGAAACAACCGCCUGCUAAAUGUGUGAAGUGUUGGUCGUGGGUGGCGUUGCAGGCCUCUCUUGCACUUAACUGUCUUUCAGAGGUCCUGUUGGUGUGUUCAUGUGGAGUGGUAAAAGUGGCUGGGGGGUUUUUUAUCUGCCAGCCACUGUGCUCCAAGAAUACCCUGCCCUGCCCACUCCCAUUGAGCCACAGUGGAGGAGUGUGACAACGCAGCCAGUGAGGUGUUGGUAGUAACUGUCUUUACCUGGUGGGCAGUGUUAUGUCACCGCUGUUUCAGAGGAAACUAGAGUACAUGUCAGAGCGUCUGUGGCUCAGUUAAAGAGUCAGUUCAUCCAAAUCACAUAAAAUAUUGGUUUAUGUACUAUUUAGUCAGACUUAGGGUUUGGUUCAGUUUGCCCACAUCUUGAAGUAGUUUUGAGAUUUCUUCCUCCACCCCAACACAAUGGAGGUAAAAGCAUCACAGCAGAAACAUUAAACAGCAACAUCUCUCUACAGAAACUCUGCACACCCCACAGGCCUCACUGUUCACAGUGAUGUCUGCAGAGAACCCAGAGACGGUGCUACAGAUGUUAAACUUAUUCUGCAGACUGCUUUCUGUUCAACACCACUGUAUUCAGGUGGCAUCAGCAAUGUUAGGACAUCACCAGCUGCUAGUUAACUACCGGCCACCCUGACCUGUAUGGACGGUGCCUGCAAAAUUACUGAAAGAAACAACAAGUAAAUGCAUCUUAAUCAACUCUGAACAGAAAACAAGAAGGAAACAGCAGCCAAACCAAAUGUCUGCGCUGCUUGUCUGCCAACCAGAUCACUGAUUGUUUGGGCGUUUCAUCAGGAGCCGUGGCCGCCCUCAAACUGAACAUCAAAUCAUACCUGCUGUGGCUGAAAUAAGCUUUGUUAAAGAUGCCUCAUUUCCAUAAUUGCAUAUUUAAAUUUUUGGAAAAUACACAAGUUCAAGUUAGAUGGGGUGAUUGAUGACUAUGCAGCCAGUUAGCUUAGAUUAGCAUAAAGGCCAGAAACAGGGAGAAACUGCUCCAGAGGGAACAAAAUGAGCCUUCCAGCACCUCUAGAGCUCCCUGAGUAGCAUGUUGUCUCAUUUAAUUUGUACAAAAACCAAGAAUAAAGAAGGAGUUUCUAGUUUUACUGGGGCCUUUGAGCCAGUCCAUUGUUUUGCUGGGCGCAGUAACGUCCUGAAGUCUCCGCUGUUUCCCUGGCACUGCUCCCAGCCAGUAAACUAGCCCCACACAUAGCUCCCUGUAAAACAACACGUCCCCCCCAUGCAAAUAAAAAAUCACUGUUUGCAGUCUUUAUGCUAAGCUAACUACCACUGAAAGAGAAUGUGAUGUUAGGCCUUAAACAGGAGAUGAAAGCCACUGUUUACACCUAAUUUCCAGAAAAAUGUCUUCUAUUCAGGCUGGUGUGUUCAUCGUAGAAAUGACAUCUCUAGAAAAGAAUGAAGUUUAGCUGCUCCCUCAGUGUCUCACAGUAAAAUAAAGUGGGUAUUUUUUGUAAUGUGAGUGAAAUGAUCCUUUAGCACAUGCAGCUCCAGCAGUGAUGAGUGUGAACAUCAUGGGUGUCGGAUGCUACGAGCAGCUGGAUGGGCAGUUUGUUAGCCUCCCUCCCUUCUCUCUCUCCUCCUCCUCAUCUCUAUGUGCUGAAGAGCACAAACUGAGCAACACCAGCACGACUGCCCACAUCCUCUGUCCUCCAUCGCUCGGCUCUGUGUUCAUAAAGUCCUGCUUCUCGCCUUUUCCACACCACAGUGUAUUUUGUUUCCUUAGAUAGUUUUGACGCUUCAGUUUUCUCACCCCCGCUCCAAAAAAUGCCAGGUAGAUGUUUCCUUUAUUUCUCAGGAAGUAUUUGAUAGAUCAUUUUAUGAGGAAAUCUAUCCGCUAGCACUUCCCAUCAGCACAGCACAACGAAAUAAUCUUCCAGGCAGAUUCUUACCAAAAUUCACAUUUUGUAUCCAUCAUGUGGGCCGAGUGUUUGCGCCUGUGUUCACCUGCCAGUGCCCCUUUUUAUUUUACAAAAGGCUUUUUUA